AUGAGCACAAAGGAUCUUGACCCCAGCUGGACGCCCGAUCUUGGUGAAGACGCCCUCUUCAACGAGCGCACCUGGUUCGCAGGGCUUUUCGUCCUUGCUGUGGCCUACGGUAUUGCGGUUACAUUGGGCAUACUUUGCCUCGGCCACCUACAUAGGACUGUCACGCCCGAUAACCGGAGAAUGAAGUCGUUCUGGAUGGGCGUCGUCAGCGCACUAAUCAUCUGCGCGACCGUAUACGCCGCCGCCGGGGAGAAGAUCAACGAGAUGAGCUUCAUCACGUAUCGUAACUAUCCUGGGGGCCCAUCUGCUUUCGAGCCCGCAUUCUUCUCCCUGCCGGUAAACGCUGCGGGGAAUGUCUUCUUCAUUCUUGCGAACUGGAUUUGUGAUGCAAUUCUGGUUUGGCGCUGCCUCAUCAUUUAUCGUCAGUCUCGUAUUCCAUUGUGGAUAAUGAUGAUCAUCCCAUGUUCGGGCUAUCUGGGGUCUAUCGCUUUGGGAAUAUGUUGGGCGAUCCAAGUUUGUAAUCCGGAGACUUCGCCGUGGGUGUCAAAGGGAGUGAAUUUCACAGUGCCCUACCUUUCGUUAUCGUUGGCCCUCAACAUCUUUAUGUCAACCGCUCUCAGCCUACGACUGCUGGUCUACCGCUGGAGGAUGAAGAAACUGCCGAGCAUUGCAGGUGGUAUAAAUUAUCUCGGGCUCGUGGCGAUGAUAGUUGAGUCUGCGGUCGUCUACUCAAUAUUCUCCUUGUGUUCUAUCGUCACUUUCCUUCUCAACCACCCGGUUCAAAACGUCUUCAAUCAGCUAUUUGCCGAGGCUCAGAUUGUUGCUACCCUCAUGAUUCUCUACAGAGUGGCAUCAGGGACGGCAUGGACGUCCGAUACUGCACAUACUCUCUUUAGCGGCGUUCAUCUCACGUUCGCUCAUACCACGAGUGACACUACCAAGGGCACGUCGACGAUCAACGUUUACAACAAGGAGGCUGGUACAGAAUCAACUCACAGCGAAAUUGUUAUUCAACCACCUGCAUAA